AUGAAUCGUCAACAAGACCUAGCAUUACAGAAAAUGGAUCGGUCGUCUGCAACUGUUCAGCCUGAGUUGCAUAUGUCGGGAAUGGACAAAAUACUUGCAAAACUGUCCCCUGUGCCGCAGCCCAUUGGAAAGAAAACACCAUUGCCCAAGGGUGUCCCUGGAAAGGCAGACGAUAAGCAGCCUCUACAGCCCUUAGACCAGCCUCGAGAGUCCCGGUCUGUCAGCAGUCCUCCUCAAGGCAGUAACAAAGACCACCCCAUUUUCGAAAGGGCUGUUUCAAAACAGGUGACGAAGCUUUCUAUUCCGAGUCCCAGCGUGCCUGACACAGAAGCAGUGGGAAACAAUGAAAAACUGGGUUUCAAUGCCACUGAAAUGCUUCGUUUGAAACGAGAACUCAUGGCUGCCAACUCCCGUAUUGCACAGCAAGAACAAGAACUGGCAGAGACCCGUGUCAUCAAACACACUAUCGACCAAGCCCUCGGAACACCAUCUGAAGCUGAAUUCGUUGAUCGCGAAAUGGCCCAACACAACGUUAGAGACCUGCAAACCGUCUUCAAUGCUUCUUCAAAGAAUCCCAAUCAAGACAAUGAUCAUUGGCUGCAAGAAGAUGUCAAUUCAGACAUUUCUGACUCUUACUCGACCGGUGCGUACAGUGCGAACCGAAGCUUGUGGGGUCUUCCUACCCACGCAGCAUUUGGUAUGCAGGCCCCUGAAAAAGGUUAUCAAGUGGGAUCCCCGGUAAUCCAGGGCAUCCACGAUGCUACCGCCCAACCCUGGACAGCUUUGGGUAAUGCUUCUGGUAUGAAUGCAUCAGGGGUUCCUCAACAGCAUCGAGUCUUCUCUGGGCCGUCUGCUACACUCGACGGAAGGUACGCUGGUGAACAUCCCUAUAUGAGCGGUAUCAAUCUUGGUCCACGGCGCUCCGUUUCACAAAUCAAUCGAGCACCUGCCUACUUUCCACCGGUGCCUUCGCCCACAUGGGCAACAUUGAAUAGCACAGUAGGCAACAACGUCGCUACCAAGGCUCCUCUCAGUCCGGCUUUCAACACUUAUCAGCAAGUUGGGCUUUAUCCAAUGCCUCAGUAUCAGCCGCGUCCUAUAGGCACUCCUCUUUCCCCCACAGCUGCAGAGUUUACCUCCAGUAGCUCAGCCAUCAACCCUUGGAACGGAGCAACUCCUGGAGGAACAUCAACUCCAACGUAUGUCACGCCAAUGGAGCCCUUGAACUAUCGCCGCUUGCUUGACAAGAACGUUUCCUGCGACUGGAAGUAUAUCGUGGACAAAAUUGUUAGCAACAGCGAUCAACAGGCUUCCAUAUUCCUCCAGCAGAAGCUCAAGGUCGGCACCGCAGAACAGAAAUACGAUAUCAUAGAAGCCAUUGUGAACCAAGCUUACCCUCUUAUGAUCAAUCGCUUUGGAAACUUCCUAGUCCAACGCUGCUUUGAGCAUGGAACCCCAGACCAGGUCAUUGCAAUUGCUAAUACUAUCAAAGGUAACACCCUCAGUCUCAGUAUGGACGCAUUCGGAUGCCACGUCAUCCAGAAAGCAUUUGAUUGUGUGCCCGAAGAACACAAAGCGAUGAUGGUUCACGAACUGCUACGACGCAUCCCGGAAACUGUAAUCCAUCGCUACGCAUGCCACGUCUGGCAAAAGCUUUUCGAGUUGAGAUGGAAUAACGAACCGCCUCAGAUCAUGACCAAAGUGAACGAGGCACUACGUGGAAUGUGGCACGAGGUAGCAUUGGGAGAAACCGGUAGCCUGGUUGUCCAGAACAUCUUUGAAAACUGCGUUGAAGAUGAAAAGCGCCCUGCUAUUGAAGAAGUCCUGGCGAAUAUUGACCUCCUUUCCCAUGGUCAAUUUGGAAAUUGGUGUAUUCAACACAUUUGUGAGCAUGGCGCACCUCGCGACAAAAAUCGUGCAAUCGAGCAUAUACUCCUUUGGUGUGCGGAUUACAGCAUGGACCAGUUUGCUUCGAAAGUUGUCGAAAAGUGCUUGAAGAUUGGGGGGUCCGAGUUUCUGGAUCGCUACCUGGCACGUGUUUGCACUGGCCGUGCAGACCGGCCUCGUAUGCCUCUCAUUGACAUUGCGGGUGAUCAGUAUGGUAACUAUUUGAUCCAAUGGAUUCUGGUCCAUGCUGCAGUCCACCAACGCGACUUGGUGGCGAGCCAUAUCCGGAAACAUAUGGUAUCUUUGCGCGGCUCCAAGUUCGGCUCUCGUGUUGCAAUGUUGUGUUGUAACCCAUCCCUAGCAACUCGACCAGGUCCCGGGGCAGGCGUUCAGGUAAGCAGAUUUGCGGGUGCAAACGAAGAUCGGUUGCAGGUUGUCAAUAACUCUGGAACCCGAUUUAACCGUGGCAGUCACUGGACUCAGAAUUAUCCUCCGUUCCGGUGA